GGGCGGGGUUUGCAUAGCCUAACGAUAGAAAAAUUGACCAAUUGCACGUCCCCACUGCACAACCAACCAAUGAUUGGGGACAGCGCGGUUUCUGUUCCACCAAUAGGAAAAGCGCAGACGGGGCGAAAGGCGGCCACUUCCUGGAGACCACAGGUGUGAGAGCCCUCGCUGUGCCCCAGCCGGACCGGCUUCUGAAGCUCGCAGGGAAAUUCUUUCAUUCCCAAGAGUUCAGGGGAUUUUGGCUUUUCAGGAGACAACUGGGGAACAAGCUCAAUCAGGGAUUAAGAGGAAAUUGAGUUGGACUCCUGCCUGAUCCCUCAUUGUGGUAGGAUGAAUGUGGGGGUGGCACACAGCGAAGUGAACCCCAACACUCGAGUGAUGAAUAGUCGGGGCAUCUGGCUGGCCUACAUCAUCUUGGUAGGACUGCUGCAUGUGGUUCUACUCAGCAUCCCUUUCUUCAGCAUUCCUGUUGUCUGGACCCUGACCAACGUCAUCCAUAACUUGGCAAUGUAUAUCUUCCUGCACACAGUGAAAGGAACGCCCUUUGAGACCCCUGACCAAGGAAAGGCUCGGCUGUUGACACAUUGGGAACAGAUGGACUAUGGACUACAGUUUACCUCCUCCCGAAAGUUCCUCAGCAUCUCUCCUAUUGUACUCUACCUACUGGCCAGCUUCUACACCAAAUAUGAUGCUGCUCAUUUCCUCAUCAACACUGCCUCACUGCUCAGCGUACUGCUGCCUAAGCUACCCCAAUUCCAUGGGGUUCGUCUCUUUGGAAUCAACAAAUACUGAAAGAUGAGUUGACAGUUCUGCAGGCACUGAGGGAAAGCACUGGAACAAAGAGAUGUAAUGGCUUUCCCUUCUCGGUGCUGUUCUGUAUCUUGGAAGUCUGGGAGACAAGACAAACCUUUCUGAACUCCAAGAAGGAAGAAAUUGGAAACUGGGGUUCCUGAGCCCAGCCUUAAUAGGGUCAUGAUUGUCUGAAUCAGGAAAGGUGGAUGAGGUGAAGGGCCACACCACUCUCCUCUGUACAGCAAGAAGCCAUCUACACUUGGGCAACUUGUCUGAUGAUUCUGUUUCCAUGUCUCCCAAACCUACCACCUUCAAGUUCUGUUUUGCUGUAUAUUUUCCUUAAAAUAAAGUCUUUUCAGCUAUGACUGAAAUUU